AUGUCAACCCGUAUUCUGCGCUAUGCUCUCACUGAGCAGAAGAGCUAUCUCAGCUGGAUAUUCCAAGCUAUCUCCUUUCGCUCCACGUAUGGAGGGCGCAAGAAGAAUUUAGCUUCGAAUGGAGCUCCCUUGAUUCAGGCAUGUUCACUAGCCAAUGAGAUCCCAUACUUCAUGCAGCCUCCCAAUGGUAUGCCGAGUCACCCAAGCUACUAUUUCCGACGAAGCGGAUCUCAAGUGCAGAGCUAUUUCGGGUCACGAAAGCCACUCAUAUUGGACCAAUUACUCGUGGGCACCCGAGAGAUCGGCACAGAUAGGUACACAAGAGCGGAUCCCUGGGCCAGGGGCCAUGUCGGCGCCAUGCUGGGGCUGACUGCGGCUGCCAGACAAUUUUCGAAUCGCGAUACCUUGCAUAGUCCAUUGCGCAACGUUCAAAAUACCUAA